AUGUGCGGCUCUUUGAUCGCCGGAAUUGCUCUGGCUAUCGGUCAUCAUUUCUUCUAUCUCCGGUUUGAUGGCAUGAGAGUUGACGGUGCUAUGUCCCAGCAAUGGACCAACCGCUACGGAACUGCAUUCGCCUUUCUGGUUAAGAUGUUCCUUGCUAUCGCUACCGGAGCUGCCUACGUUCAGCAACAAUGGUCAACGCUCCAAUCUCGCCCCAUACGCAUUGACAGGGUGGAUUCAAUGUUUGGCAUUCUCGGCGACGCUACCCUCUUUCUCAGUACUCGUCUGUGGCUGAAAGCCCCUCUCUUAACGCUACCAGCACUCGUGACUUGGCUCAUCCCUCUCGCCGCUAUAGUUACACCUGGUACCCUUACAGUUUUAUCGGAACAGCAAGGGUCGAUUGUCGAGAUUCAGGUUCCUCAACUAGCUUAUAACUGGCCGGCAUGGGCUGUGUAUGGGCUAAGUGGCCAGGGCUAUAUCGAACCGUCCAUGGAGGUUGCUCGCAUAGCGCUGGCCACUGCCAUGUCCGGUGAAAUCCUUACCAUACCGUCUCACCAUCGCAAUUCAACCUAUCAACUUCAGUUUUUUGCACCAGCCAUCAAGUGUACCCCACCUAACGCUACCUUUGUUGAACAGAUCCGGGACGCUUUUAGCGCAGCAUAUUUCGGGACAGGAGGGUUUCCGGCAUAUACGUCCUGGGUUGCGGAUUCCCCAUAUUAUGGCCAGCUCAACUUCAGCAUGGGGUUAAGACAAGAGGCAUAUAAAACACUUGAUGAGUCGUCCCCAGACGCCUCCACACUCUACGUGAUGGGCAAUGCACCAGGCCAAUCAACACGCAACGAAUCAGUAUAUGUUCACGAAUGCAAGUUGUACAACGCCUCUUAUCAUGUGGACCUCAAUUUCACAUAUCCUUCGCAAUCAAUAAAUUUGGUCGCCUUCCAGUACGAGCAUCCUGUACGGGGAUGGGGGCAGCGUGACUACGACGAAACCAGCCAGCAAACGCAUAAUAUAUCUGAGGGGAAUGCGAGAAAUCUCACAUACCGUGCAGCGAUGGACGCAUUUGGCAAAGUUCUGGUUGGAGAAGCGAUCCUCAGCCAUUAUGGCUAUACACGUAGCCAUUACACUCUGUACGCUUACACGGCAAUCAAUUGGACGACCGCAGCCACAUCGAAGUGGGGAUUGGAGCAGCUCUUCCAGAAUAUCACAUUGAGUUUUCUGAGCUCCAAGCUAUUGGUCAACAACGGCACCGACGCCGAGUACGUGCCGGUCUCCGUCACGGAAUAUCACAAUAUCUACGUAUACAACGCCCGAGAUUUGCUUCUUCCAUACGGCAUCAGUAUUGCUUGCGCCAUGCUAUGCGUCGCUGUCGGGGCCUGGGCUUUGGUCCGCACCGGCGCAACCUACAGCAACCGAUUCUCCACCAUCCUUCGCACCACUCGGGACCCUUGCUUCGACCGCUUGGUUGACUCAUCUGACGAUGGCUCAGACCCUUUGCCGGAGAAGAUCGCGAAGGCGGAAUUGGCGCUGGAGAAUGGGUUCCGCAGAGAACGAGAACCUUGA